GUUCCUAUUGGUGCAUUCAAUUAGUGUCGUCUUUGUAACGAAAAAUACAAAAUCGACGAACAAACUAACCAAAAAGUCCGCAAAUGUGUUAGUGACGUGUUAUAAACGGUCUUAAAUCACCGAGAAUUGGUGGAAGUCGCUAAAAUGACCACGCAACCCGGUUCGGGUAUUCUAACCUCAAACUCGCAACCCGCCAAAAACCCGUCGACUGAAUUUUUCAAAACCGUAAUGCGCGAUUCGGGGGUUAAAUUAGUGGCUAGUGAUGACCCCAACGUGCUGACGCAAGAGCAGGCUUUGGUGGUGCGCGACAUUGAUAAACACCUUGACUCUGACCCCGAUGAAAACAUCGACAAGUUUCUUCGGGGGUUCAGGGUUUUAGUGAAAAAGGAAAAGUACUUGAGGAAGGCGCUCCUGGCUACUAGUUUCAAGAAACAGGGUGGCAGUCCGGAGACCGAGGUGGAAAUCCAACAGGAGAGUUUGUUCAGAAUAUUCCUCAAAGUGAGCCGGCUGCAGAAGGAGAUUAUCGACAUAGUAUUGGAUGAGUUGACGUCGACUAUUAGUGAUGAGGAGCACGACGUGCCGCGUUUGCGGCUACUAUUAAGCCAACUGCGAUACCUACCUCAUAUUAAAGACCCCCAGAGUCUCACAACCAAACUGUUAGACAUUCUAGACAUCGCGUCGUUUCCGUCGCAACUAGAAAUCCUAGACUCGAUUCCUGAAAUCUUACCUGAUAGCGAGUAUAGCGAGACCGCGAGCGAACUUAUCCAAAUGCUAGACAAGAGUGACGACCUCGCGUCGGCCAUAAUCGACUGUUUGAACGCUUUAAAUCUCGACGCUGACACUCGAGCGCGAAUCCAAGACCACAUCCUAGCUAAAAUGUUAACAGGCACGUCGACCAAAACCUUCCCCGUGUUUCUAGACUUUCUAAUGAGCGACUGCACAUCGCGCACUUUACCGGGCACCUUGAUGAAAAUCCGCAGCUCCUUGAACGCGAUCAUGGGCAACGACAACCCCGACAAAGACAAAGAAUCUUCCAAAGUGGUCAUUUUCACCCGCUUGCAAAAAUCGGCAGUCACGAAAGUCGUGUCCGAGGGUUGGUUGUCCCUAAUUUCAAACAUCAAAGUCCACACGGACCACAAACCAAUCGACUUGAUUAUCCUAUUCAUGCUACAUUCAAACACCAAGUUGAAAAAACGCACGAUUGAGACUACGUUCCGAAAGCGAGUCAAGGAAGGGUUGUUUAAAUGCGGGUUGUUGGAACAAGGCUUUGACAAGUACUUCCCGCAGCAACUCCUCCGUGACUACUUUAAUUCCGUGGUGGAAAUCGGCUCGGGUUUGCUACGAACCUCCGACGAUCCAGUCGUUACGGACUUCGCUUCCACUCUAUUCAAGCUUCUGUUCACCCACGACUACACAAUACCGACUUUCCGGCAAGAAAUCCUCGAAAACAUGGUAGUCUUGGUGGGGUCCAGUGACCAGAAAAACUUAACCGCGAUUUUGAAUAUUUUAGUCGAGUUGUUGGACGAUGUGGCCAAGUCGCCGAACCACGCGAUUAUUUUGAUGAGACUUCUCGAAAAAAUCGACACUUGUGAGUCGAAUGAUGUGCGUCUGGUUUACGAAAUUUUGUGCAGACUGACUUGCUACGACGAAUCGCUGCUGGGUUUGAAAGAGGAGAUCCACAUGGUCAUCCGCAAGCAUUUGUCGAGUUCGAAACGUAGCCUCAAGCUUCGUGGGAUUAUAGCAGGGGUGGUGAUGGCGAAACACGUAGCUGCAACUAUGGACGACCAAAGUGACCUUUCUUUGUCCGAAGAAACGAUUUUGAGUGUCAAUCAGUUGAAAGGGUCGGCGAAAGAAGCCGCCGCCAUUUUGGAACUGACGAACACUUCGGCGUGUACUUGUCCCGAACUACUCGGACUGUAUUACGAUGAAUUGGGGUCGAUGUUGGUGAAGAGUGACAAGGUAGAUAAAAAUUUCGUGACGUGGUUGUACGAUUUGGUUACCAAUGAGUUCCAACACAUGUACGUCGCGGAGAGCGUUUGUGACGCUAUUAACGACUUGGAAUUUAGUAAACAGUUCGAUAUUAAUAGUGAAGAUGAAGUGGACAGUCUCUUUGCGGUGAAUAUAGCAGAAUUGACCCUCAAACCCGAGAAGAACUCGAUUUUAGUGCUUGCGCCGCACUUUCGGUUACUGCGCAUGCUGCACUUUAGACACCACAACGGUGACUUAUCUUCGAUUGAUGCGCUACUGGGUUGUGGCGUAAUCCUCCCCAAGUUCGAACAACGGGAUAGUGUAGGAAUAGAACAACUCAAACAAAUGGCGGAUUGUGUAUUCCACUGUAUCAAUUGGUUUCGGGAAACGAUUAGCGGGUUCGUAGUCCAGAAGGAGCCAAAGUUAAGAUCAAAGGUAAUCCGACGCGUCGAUGAUUUGCACGAGCUGGAGAACCUCCUACUGGAGUGUUUGGAGAAUGUCCCCAGUCAUAAACUACCCCAAAGUUAUUUUGGCUCACAGUCGACGAAUCGGAGCGGGUCUCCAAUCAAAGAAGCCACGAAAGUCGGGAAAGCCCCCCGCAAGAAACUCAAAACCAGGGAGUUCGUGGAAGACACCUCAGUCGCACCUUGCAGCUCAAAACCACCCCCAAAAACCAAACUCGAACGAAACUUCACCUUCCGAGAGAUCGACACAGAUUUGGUGAAACUCCUCAAGUACCCUCUGACGUGCGCAGAAAUGUCUUCCACAGUCUCGAUAACACUGAACUUAAACCAGUUCAACUUCAUUCUGACGGAUUACGUGGCGAAAUUAACCAAACUAACUAAGAAACGUGAUUUAGGGCUAUCACACUUGAAUAUCGUCGCUCCGUCAGACUUGAUAUCCGACUGUCACAAAGUUCUCCUAAAUGUUAACCAACACUUCGAAGUUAUUAUUAAAAAAAUGGACGAAAUCGAACAGUGCGACGACAACGAAACCACCCAGUUGAAACUCGGGUUUGGUCUAGUCUUGGAGUGUUUAUCAGUGAUUUUUAGCUGGUCGGGUUUCCAACACUCCAAACGUUUAGACACACUAAGAGAAAUCUUAAAAUCGUUCCGUUCGGAUAUCACCAGCACGCCUUUAAACUCAGUCAAUCUUUUGACAGCGGAACUCGUAAAUCGCCUAUCCGACUAUACCAAGUACUGUUCGAGUUUGAAGCAAGCCGUCGAUCUUAUAGCCACCACUGAAGCUUUAUUCACUCUGAGCCCCAAUCCUUCGACGCGUUCCAAAAUUGCCAAAACCGCUGGAACCCUCUUGAAACAAAAGUGGCAGACGCAGAGUUCCACCAACGUCGACGUUCUAAUCAAGUCGUACCUCAGUAGCGCUACUAUUAAAACCAUCUGCGGGAUGGUUGGUACUCUCCAAGAUGAAGCCCCAACCCUCACCACCAAAAGCGACUCUUUAGACAUGCUCCAAACCGUAACGAAAAGCCACUUCUACAUUUUUUACCGAAACCUGUGGACUUCGUUACACGAAAGAGUCAAAACCGAGGUUCAAUCUUUAACGAAUUCGCAACACUUGACGCUUUGGCGUACCACCGCUCUGACCAUGCAAGGUUUGAUGACCGUGGUCAAAGCCCAAGAAAGCAAAGCCAACUUGGUUUGCUUCCUCAAGAAAUCGGUCGCGAUUUUGAAGAUUUUCCUCUCCCAUGGGAUCCCGAUUCUCGAGAUCGAACUCAAAUCUGAGCCGGAUCGAGUGGUCGAAAUUUUCAAAACCAUCCAGUCGAAUACGCGCUUUCUGCACCAUUUGUGUUGUUACUCGAAACUGAUGAAGGACGCGAGUUUGAUGACGUACGUGCCGCAGUUUAGGCUCACUUUGGAGACUUUGGUGUUUCGGGUGAAGGCGGCGUUGGUGGCUAAUGGGUGUUCGGCGGCGUUCUGGAUGGGGAAUUUGAGGAAUAGGGAUCUUCAAGGAGAGGAUAUUUUGUCGCAGAGCACGGAAGCGUCGCGCGAAGAGAACGAAGACGAAGAUGAAGAAAUGCCAAGUGAUGAUGAUUUGGAUGACGGUGGGGAUCAAUCCGGGAGCGAGGGGAGCGAGGUGUUCGGGUGAUUACCUUCUCUGAUUGGACGGGGUUGGUGAUGAUGCCUUCUUUAAUGAAGAGACCAUAGUCGGCGUAGAACUUUUCGUAAUCUUCGGGUUUUUUGUUUAGUUGUUCGAGUAAGAAUUUGACGACUUUGCUUGUUAAGACGUCUCUGAGUUUUCUAAAAAUGGUGAUAUUUAAGUAA